AUGGCUGCACGAAUUCUGGAUGAGCUCACACAGCCAAUUCGGAAACUGCUACUUAACGAAACAGAAAUAGUUGCGCUGAUAUCGCUUGUUCUCUUGGAUCCUGAUGUGCCAGGUUUGACGUUGGAUACAUCACGAGCGUUAGCAGCUUUGCGCGAUCGAGUGCAGCACGCACUGUUUCAAGUGAUCCGAGAACGUGUGGGCUCCGCAGAACAGCCAGUCUCGGCUGCAAUAUCACGUUUUGGCAACAUACUGCUGUUACUGCCACCGCUAGCGAAAAUUUCUUCAAUUUUUUGCGAAAAUGUGCAGUUUGCUCGGGUGUUUGGCUCGCAGACCAUUGAUCCGUUGGUUCUUCAAAUAUUUUUCGAUUCACCGGGUGAAGUGAUUCCAUCAACAACAUCCCGGGAACGUGCCGAUGUAUCCACGCAAACACACAACCUACAGCAAGUUUCACCGCGCCAUGCUGCAUCGGCUGAUGAGGAGAUGCUAAGUUUGGUGCAACUUACACCACCACCAACUGCCGGAACCCUCUCAACACUGUCACCGGUUGGAAGCGUUGGUUUACCCUGCUCCACAUCGCCGCAGCAACAGCAGCAGCGUAUCACACCGAUCGUGGUACCGCCUGGACCGAACGGUCACGCCAAUCACAAUACCUCAUACAGUUUUUACUUCCCAUACUCAGGACAAUUCUCAGUUCCGGGCGCUUACCCGGUGCAGUCAUCGCCUGCAUCAUCAUCAUUAUCUCCUGGUUCUGCCAGCAAUGGUACCUAUGUAUCGCAGACAACAGGAAUUUUUGACACCUCCUCUGGACACACUGCUGCCACUGAUGUUACUAAUAAUUUUCGUUACCUGUAA